UUCGGAGCUGUCCGUGGUGCUGAUCUCGGUGCGUUGCAGGUGCUGGAGGCGGCGCUGGAGGCCGAGCGUUUGGUGCAGCGCUACGAGGUGAUGGCGGCCGAGCUGCUGGAGUGGAUCGACCGCACCGUCAUGGCCCUCAAUGACCGUCAGUGGGGAUCUAUGGGGCUGAGUGGGGUGCAGAGCCAGCUGCAGGCCUUCAACACCUACCGCACUGUGGAGAAACCCCCCAAGUUCAUGGAGAAGGGCAACCUGGAGGUGCUGCUGUUCACCAUCCGCAGCCGGAUGCGCUCCAACAACCAGAAGCUCUUUGUGCCGCGCGACGGAGCCAUGCUGGCUGACAUCAACAGGGUGCGUCUGCCCCACAGCGACCCACAGCGACCCAUAGAGAUCCAUAGGGACCCACAGGGACCCAUAGAGAUCCAUAGGGUUCCGUUUGGUUCCGUUCAGGCCCGGUUGCAGUCGCAGGACCUGGGGCAGCACCUGCAGGCGGUGGAGGAGCUGCUGCAGCUGCAUGCGUUGGUGGAGGCCGACAUCGCGGCGCAGGCCGAGCGCGUCAGGGCGGGGGGCAGCGCGGCGCAGCGCUUCGCCACCCACACGCAGGGCUACAAACCCUGUGACCCGGAGCUGGUCCGUGAGCGCGUGGCCACGUUGGAGCGUCGCUACCGGCAUCUGUCGGAGCUGGCGUCCCAACGUCGCUCCAAGCUGGAGGAAUCUCGGCGCUUCUGGAAGUUCUUCUGGGACGUGGGGGAAGAAGAAGCUUGGAUGAGAGAACAGGAACGGCUCCUGGCUUCAAAAGACGUCGGCCGAGACCCCACCAGCUCGUUACGUCUCCUAAGCCAACACGCUGCCUUCCGACACGAGCUGAUGGGCCGCGCCGGGCCUUUACGACAAGCGUUAGAUGAAGGCAAAGCUUUGGUUGGAGAAGGACACGCGGGGGCAGCGAAGGUGGCGGAACGGCUGCGAGAGGUGGAGGAACGAUGGGAGGCGCUGGGGGAGCUGGCGGAGCAACGCGAGCGGCGCCUACGGGAGGCGGCCGCCAUCUUCCAGUUCCAAGCCGAAGCGGCCGACGUGGAAGGGUGGAUGGAAGACGCUCUACGGCUCGUGGGCAGCCCGGAGUUGGGCCACGAUGAGUUUUCGACACGUAGUUUGGUCAAGAAACACCGUGAGGUGGAGGAGGAGGUGAAGGGGCACCGUCCGGUUAUCGAGGCCUUGCAGGAGCAGCUGAAGGCGCUGCCGGAGGCGUUGGUUGGAGGGGCCGGCGUCGCCCAGCGGUUGCCGGCGUUGGAGAGACGUUACCAGGAGCUGUGGGAGAGGAUGGAGAGGAGGAGGAGGGAGCUGCAGGACGCGCUCAGCCUGUUCACCAUGCGCAGCGAGGCCGACGCAUGCGGGCUGUGGGUGGGGGACAAGGAGCAAUGGCUGCGGGCAUUGGUGGUGCCGGACAAGCUGGAGGACCUGGAGGUGGUGCAGCAGCGCUUUGAGACUCUGGAACCGGAGAUGAACAACCUGGCGUCCCGCGUGGCUGCCGUCAACCGCAUCGCCACCCAACUGCUGGAGUCCGACCAGCGCAACCAGGAGAGCAUCCGGGCUACUCAAGAGCAGCUCAACACCAGCUGGGAUCGCUUCCGUUCGUUGGCCGAGCGUAAGAAAGACGAGUUGAUCUCAGCCCUCAACAUCCAAAACUUCUACCUGGAAUGCAACGAAACCACGGCCUGGAUGAAAGAGAAAACCAAAACCAUCGAGUCUACCCAAAGCCUCGGCCACGAUUUGGUCGGGUUGACGACCCUCCAACGCAAACUAUCGGGCAUGGAACGGGAUUUAGAUGCCAUUCAAGGCAAACUGGAUGAGCUCCGUAACGAAGCCGAGAAACUUUCAACUCAAAACCCGGAGCUGAAAGCCGACGUCUCCAAAAGGCUUUUGUCCAUCGAAGGGGUGUGGGAAGAGCUUUGCUCGUGUCUGAGACGGCGCGAGGAAUCCAUAGGGGAAGCCAGUCGACUUCAAGGCUUCUUAAGGGAUCUCUCUGCCUUCCAGGCCUGGUUGAGCCGCACUCAGACAUUGGUGGCCUCUAAAGAGACGCCGGCGACGUUGGGUGAAGCCGAAGGGUUGUUGAGGCAACACGAGAGCGUUGGGAAGGAGAUGGAGCACUAUGGGGCCGACUAUCGCGGCAUCAGGGAGGUGGGGAGGGGGGUGAUGGAGGGACAGAGGGACAAGGAGCAUCAGCUGCUGCUCAGGAGGAGGAUGGAGGCGCUGGAGACGGGAUGGGAAGAGCUGGGGAGGAUGUGGGAGAGAAGGAAGGAGGAGCUGAGGAACGAGGUGGGAUUCCAGACCUUCAUGAGGGACGCCAAGAGGGUGGAGGGAGUGCUCAGCACACAGGAGUUCCUGCUGUCACACACGGAGCUGCCCGGCUCCCUGCAGGGCGCCCUGGCGGCCAUGAAGAAGCACGAGGAGCUGCUGGGCGCCAUGGAGGCGCACAGGGAGCGGAUCCAGGCACUGAUGGACGGAGGGGGCAAGAUGGCCGCCGGGGGGGGGGCACACGCAGACACCAUCAGGGACACCAUGCAGGACAUACUCCGCUCGUGGCUGUCGGAGAAGCUGCUCCAGGUGCAGGCGGCGUCGAACGCGGAGCCCCACAACCUGCACAGCGCGUGGCAGCGCCACCAGGCCCUGAACGCACAGCUGGACAAGUGCAGCGCGUGGAGGGACAGCGUGAUGCAGUCCGGUCAGCGUGUGUCCGUGUCGCAGCCCCGCUCGGGCCCGUUGGUGUCGGAGCAGCUGGACGCGGUUGCGGCUCUUUGGACCGAGCUGGACGGAACCGCCCGGCUCCGAACGAAGCGGCUGCUGGGAUCCAAAGGGGCGGAGCGUGGACCCUUCCAACACCCCCCCCCGUUGUCCCCCCAGCUGUGGGUUCAGGAGCGCCUCCCCAUGGCCGCCUCCACCGACCACGGCAAGGACCUGCCCUCGGUGCAGCUCCUCAUUAAGAAGAACCAGACGCUGCAGAAGGAGCUGCAGGGCCACGAGCCGCGCAUUGCGGAGCUGCUGGGGCGCGGUGGUGCUGCAGGUGCUGCAGGUGCUGCAGGUGCUGCAGGUGCUGCAGGUGAGGAGCUGCUGCAGGAGCUGCGCGACGCGUGGCAGGAGCUGCGGCUGCAGACUGAGCUGCGGCACCAGCGGCUGGAGAGAGCCCGGGCUGCACAGCUCUUCUAUUGCGACGCCGCCGAGGCCGAAGCCUGGAUGGGGGAACAGGAGCUGCACAUGAUGGCGCAGGAGAAGGCCAAGGUGCUGCCAGGGUGCACGCUGCAUCCCUGCAUUGCAUCCCUGCAUUGCAUGCAUACAGUACAUCCCUGCAUUGCAUCCCUGCAUUGCAUCCCUGCAUUGCAUGCAUACAGUGCAUCCCUGCAUUGCAUCCCUGCACUGCAUCCCUGCAUUGCAUGCAUGCAGUGCAUCCCUGCAUUGCUUCCUUGUAUUGCAUCCUUGUGCUGCAACACUGCAUUGCAUUCCUGAGUUGCAUCCAUGUUGCAUCCCUGCGUUGCUUCCUUGUAUUGCUUCCUUGUAUUGCA